GCAACGUUGAAGUAUCUGAUUUAAAUGAAAUAUCUAUUAUCCAGUUGUUAGGAUCGCAUGUAUUCAAACAAUGCAUCUUUGGCGCACCCCAUGGCGGUUCGAAGGACAGUUCUCUUAGCCGGCGGCUGAGUUGACUUGGCCGAGACGACGGGGUGCUGUAUCCUCUUGUGCACGGCGAGGAGCUUCCGCUGCCGAGUGGCGAGACCGAGGCCGACUCCGAAGAUUGCUCCGCCGGCGACGAAAGGUCCCAUCAGGAACAUCGCGACAAAGGUUGGUGUGUCGACCACGAUGAGAAUGAUAGCCACGAGCCAGCCAAAGAGCGCCCCGAGUAACCCUCCAAGCAAUAUGGACACGAUGUGGUGCUUGACGUUUGCUUCGAGGUGCUGCAUGUGGUGGCGGCACUGCUUCAACGACACCUCGAACUGGUGCCGACGCAGCUCUGCCGUGAGGGCUCGGUGCUCAACGACCCGUUCGCGCUUCUGCUGCAGUUCCAACUGCCUUCGGAGUUCAUGGACCAUCUCCUUGGCGACGUCUCGCUGGUGCAUCAGCUCGGCCUCCAUCAUGGUCGCCAUGUCUGAAGUGUUCGAAAGUGAAAAUGCUCUGCCAUAUAGUACUAGUAUCCGGCUUAGAUGAUUAAAAGUACCGUUCAAAU